AUGGCCUUGACGGAAAUUCUGCCGAACCGACCCCGAAAAGCGGCGCUGCUGAAGGAAUUUAAGUAUGAGAGGCGCCUAAAGGAUGAGGAUUACACCCGUGUCUAUGAUUGCAUUCUGCCUUACGACCUCAGAGAGGCAGUCAAGGCCCACCACAGACUGAUUGUGGGCAUGGUGCACGAAAAAAAGAUCGAUUUGGCGUACCAGGAGCUUCAGAAGAUGUUUGUUGGAUUGUGUGACUGCCGGCUUCGAUCUGGCGAGGUGCCGUUGUCGACUCUUUUGCAUGGCGAGUUUGGUGAUUUGGAUCACACCUUGGUGAACUCGUACCAUAUCCUUUUGCUUCAGACGUUGCUCCAGCGUGUUUCUGGGAACUUGCAGCUGAUAGCUGCGGGCGAAAAUGGCUUCAACAUUUUGAUAUUCCACACAAUUGCAUCGUCUUUGACGCGUACUGGGUCUAUUGUGAAGUGGAUCGAAAAGGCUCCAGGCCAGGUAUCGUUGAAGCACUACGCGGGCUUGCGCAAGGUGGCGACGGGGUUCCUCAAAAUCAUAGACUUUUUGCAUCAGAAGACCCCGCUGGCCCAAUUGUCCGGGUAUAGAGAGGAAUGGGUGCUACUCCAGAUGAAGUUCUCCAGGUUGGCGGACCCAGAAGUCCAGGUUGAGGUACCUCAAUCGGCACAGGGUGAGUUUCUAAAUGACCUCAGGGCAUCAAUUGAGCCACAACCGGUACCUACAGAACAAGCCCCCAAUGAUCCUUUACAGCAUGUACUCCACGAGCUACAGAUAGACUCCCCGGUUGUCCCCUCAACAAAGCUAUAUUCGAGGGUAAUCGACAAACUCGGCUCACUCCUGCCAACCGCAGAUCGUGUUGAUGUACUCGACAACAUACUUCUUGCAUUCGACGGCAUUGACAUGCCUUCCAAAGAGACCUUCAUAGACUGUGUGGCCCGCUUCGCCAAGGAGCUCUCGACAAAUCACAAAUUUCAAAUUCUACUCGAGCGGGUAUUACCGUUUGCAUUGGACCUAGCCAAAGACAAAUCCGAGAUGGUCUCGUCGUGCUUCCGUUUCGGCAAUAGUCAUCAGAACUGUGCAGCGCUACUAUUGGGCCUCCAUCAUUUACCGCCAUCUGUGGAGAAGAGAAAGAAACAAGGCUUGAGGGAGCUCACGCUCAACUGUCUCAUGAUAAAUAGGCAGUUUGAACAUUCUUUGAAUGCUACCGUUGGCUACCUAACUGACCAUGAUUUUCCAGAAGGCAGUGUGCUAAGAGGCACCACUGGGAACCUUCCAGAAUGUGUGCUCAAGUCGCUUGCAUACCUUUCAAAGUACCGCUUGGACGAUCUUUCGGAAGCAAUUGCGAGCCUAGCAAUGGGUGAUGACUCUAGAGGACAAUUACUCCUUCAGACACUUUUAUCGAUAGACGAGGCAAGCGUGGUAUCCGUUAAGGGCCUCUUUUCUGCGUUCACCAUUAAAGACAGCUCCACACUCCUUUUUUGCAUAUUGAACGCUGAAAGAGUGACUGAAGUGUUCCUUUCGUUACCCAAACCCACCACCACUUUCGAUAGACUUCUUUCAGCUGCGAUUCUCACCAAUCGACUCAAAACCACACCCGGUCCCGUGAAGCCUUUUCUCGCUGACAUCGGCACCCAUAUCGGGGCAUGGCUUAGGAAUACGUCCUUUGAUGAUGUUGAGUCAGAAACUCUCACAACCCUCACCCGCAGCGUGUUUGAUGGCGGCCAUUACGCCUUUGCGCUGUAUAUCCUCCAAAUGCUGGACGAGGUCGACUCAAUUCCCCUUGAGAUGCGACUCUCAUUACAACUCCUUUCCAUUAAGUGCAGCUUACGUCUUGGAAAAUAUGAGGAGAUCCCAUCGAAGUUGAGCACUGCUGGCAGGUUGAUGAAACAGAUGGCUGAAUCCAAGAUGAUUGUCGAGAGUUUGUCACUUGUCGAAUGGAAACUACAUCAGUUCGAGUAUUUCAUCAACACCUACAACGCCAAAAAAGCUGGCGAGAAGUUUGAAGAGAUCACCAGAUUCCUCGCUUGCAAACCUGAAUUCAGCCUCAGUGCCAAUCAGUCGAUGCCGCUCACGCAAACCAUAUCUUGCCUUCUACUCAACGCACAUUUCCUUCACUUGACAGCUAAAUUCGAGUACAGCACGGGUAGAUUUGCCCUGGCCUUGAAGAAUUUGAAGUUAGCUAUCAAGAUUGGUGUGUCUAUUUUGAAGAAGCUUUCUGGAGCAUGCGACUUAAAAGACGAGACUGUUCGAUUCUUAUUGACAUGUUACAAGGAGGGCUUCGAGCUUGCCAAACAGGCCGGGUGCCUGGGUGAGGCGGUUAACAUGAUACUGGAAAUGGAUCAUAUUAACCAGUCGUUCAAAGAUUCCUUGAUCAAUGCCAAGGCUCACUUUGCUCUUGCUGACAUGUAUCUUUUGACAGGGGAUAUGCUGACUUCUGCUUUACAAUACGAAGAGGGUCAACGCAUCUCAUCAGAGAAGGACAUGGCUUUAUUGAAGGCAAUGCAGUUGAGCUCCGUCCUUUUAAGCUACGUGCUCAACGGGGAGUCUAAAACGACCCUGAUCAAGUCUGAAUUGCUCGAAACUCUUGGACAUGUCGAUCAAAUGGAAGCAUUUUCAUCAAAGGAUUUGUUGAGCGACCUAGGCAGAUACGAGUAUCUUCUUUCCCAGAAGGAGAGCAUUGUUUUGACGGAGAACAACACUGACCAUUCGCCUCAAACCAUUCUUUUGAAGACAAUAGCAUCCGCCAGACAAGAGAUUCUGGACGUGAAAAGUGCAAUCAUUGAUAAAGGAAAUGCGAUCGUCAUUCCGUCUGGACUCGCAUUCACCAGCGAGUUGAACGAAAAAGAUCUCAGCAUCGUCGACAAGCUUCUUGAUUGCAAAGAUACAUUGCUCAGAUUUCUUGAGAACGACUACUCGCAGCUGCUUGGGGUUGAGGAGUUGAAAGACCUUCAAAAUACUCUUACAAGAUGCAUCUUCACUCUUUCCCAGAUAACUGUGGUUAAGGAGGAAGGCGCAGAAAGCUUACUCAAGGAUGUAUUUUAUCUCCUGGAGCUCCCAAGAGUUCUCCCCUACCAGUCGCUAACACAGAUUCACAGGACUGAGCAGAAGAGUAACGAAAUCAUGCCGACUCUAUCGACAACGAACCUCAAGAAUGUUCAUGCUAAAGAGCUGUUUUUUGGUGAUCUCUCAAGCCUUCUUCCCAAGGACUAUGUUGUCAUAACUAUCGACUGUUGCGCCCAAUCCGGAGACUUGAUAUUGAGCAAGUUACAGAAAGGUCUGAGUAUUCCAUCAUUAUUGAGGCUCUCGCUGGAACGAGGUGCCUCACAGCUGACGCCAUUCUGGUCAGUGAUGGAAAAGCUAGUUAAAAUUAUCGACGAGAGUCAUAAAACCACCAACCUGGAUACAACUCGCAACAUCAGAACGAAGGAAGAACGUAAAGACUGGUGGAAAAGACGGUUUAUUCUUGAUGCAAAGUUGAAGAAUGUUUUGGACAAUGUUGGAAAUAACUGGUUAGGUGGAUUUAAAGGCCUUUUGGAAUUAACCGAUUACUCGUCCACCGAGUUUCUUUUCUUCAAAUCCGAGCUCCAAAGAGUGUGGAAAAAAAGCUUAGGAGUGAAUGUCUUAGAUUUCAGUGACACUAUCACUGAGCUCUAUUUUAAUUUGACACCCUCGGGAAAUGUACCAUUGGAGAUCAAGCAUUUGCAAGAUUUGAUUAAGUAUACUGCUUCAGAGCUUGGUGUCUCCGUCGAUGAAAGAAAGCUUGUCAACGAAAUUAAGAAAAUUCUCCCCACUAAGAGAAAACUUCAACCUCAGCAUUUGGUGCUUCUUCCAAGUCACACAUGCUCGGACUUUCCUUGGGAGAGUAUCGACUUCUUGAGAUCGAAAUCCAUCUCUCGUGUCCCUAGCAUAACCUGUCUUUUGGAGCUACUCAAGCGUGCUUCGGCAGACCUUAAAGACGGUCAUCUGAGCUACUACGUGUUGAACCCUGGUGGUGACCUCAAGAAAACUGAGCUUAGAUUCAAGACGAUGUUUGCAUCAAUGGCCCGAAGCAAUGGCAUAGCAGGCCAAACUCCAAAUGAAGAAGAGCUUUUCCACAAUCUUUUUAGAACCGAUCUUUUUGUUUACGCUGGUCAUGGUGGAGGGGAGCAGUAUAUGAGGAUGAACCAACUCUUGAAAAAGAGUAUAGGUGAAAAUCUUAAUCUCCCACCAGCCAUAUUGAUGGGUUGUUCCUCUGGUGCAUCACAGAAGCAUGGUAGGCUAGAGCCUUCUAGUAAUAUCAUGGUUUGGCUUCUCUGCGGUUCGCCAAUGAUUGUCAGCAAUCUAUGGGAUAUCACUGACAAGGAUAUUGACGCCUUUAGCUCUGAUGUUUUAGAGAGAUGGGGUUUGAUUGGAAAUCUCAAGGAAAGAAGCGAUAUCGCCAGCGCCGUGGCUAAAAGUAGAGACACUUGUGUCCUCAAAUACUUGAAUGGAGCGGCACCCAUCGUCCAUGGACUUCCCAUUCGUCGUCAAUAA